GCCAGUGGCUGUUACGCAAGCGUCCCACCUAGCCCAUAGAGGCUAGCCUAAGCAUUGAAAUGGCAAGUCUAGGCAAAUCCACUGGCAAAACUCCCAAAAAGGAGGCGAGACCUCGGACCCCGCCAGGAUACAGUCACAAAGAGAGUGCAUGUGGAGCCUCAUCGUGUCUGAGUGAAGAGCAGCCUCAGAGCCCCACUCUUAAAGGAGAGGACAUCCAGGCCCUGGCCAUCAGACCUGAGGACCUGGAGAAGUUGCGGGUGCCCCAGCCCCCUAAAGAACCCCAGAAGCCUGCAGCAGUGACCCGAGUGCUGGUGCGUAAGACCCGCCCACCUGAUGACAUCAGAAAGGGGGUGAGGGUAGCGGUGGCCCGCCCCCUGGCCCAGGACACCACCACACAGCCACUGGACUACACAGGACCGGGGGGACCUCGCUUCGACGCCCAGGGGAUGGUCCUCCCCCACAGCAUUCUGGGUAGUCUGGAGGACUUCAGGACAGAGAUGCAGGCCAGGGGAGAGACUGAGGUGUUGGGGGGUCAGAGGGGUGCAGAGAGACCCCCUCCAGUCCUCAGGGGUCAGAGAGACAUCCAGAGCCACGCCCUGCAGCACUGGCACACACAUAUGACCCAGAGACGACACCAGCAGGACCUUAUCUCCAACUUGCUCCAGAAGCCAGUAGAGAGGCUGUUGAUGAACCAGUCCAACCGUUUCAGAGAGACUCAGGAGCAGAGAGAACUGAUCACCCGAGGCCUGCCAGCCAUACAUUCUGGACAGGGUUACCGUGUAGGCAGUGAGUUCUGGAGCCUCCCUCAGAGGUUUGGUGAUGAGCUGAGUGGUAUCUCAGCCACCCAGACACAGAGAGGACAGCAGGAACCUGUCACACACAUCGCACAGCCACACAGCAUCCGCAUGGAGUCAGGUAAUGUUCUCCCAGAGACCUGUGGUUCACCUAGCAGGACCUGGGACCAGAGUCUCUAUCUGCAGCACCGACGACAUGAGCUCAGAGAUGUUCUCAAAGACCUGGACUUCAACCAUCCUGAGAUAGAUGGCUUGGAGGUGAUUGGCACAGGCCAGCCCUUCACCUCUGUCACUGUGAAGCGGAGCCCCAUAUUGGAGGAGGAGGAGAGGGAGGAGCUUAGGGAGGCAGAGCAGAAGGAGAACCAUGACCCUCUGUCGCAGUUUGAUGAUGUCAUGCUGGACGCGGUGCUGGUGCCUGCCCUGAGGUUCUGUGGGCAGCCCGCCCGCUGGACAGGCAACUCCACCUCUCACAAGUGCCAGGGUAACGUUUGAGGCCCUGUCAGGAGAGAGAGCCAGUUCAGACAUGGAGGUGCAGAACGAGGGCAGUACAGCAGUUUACUACAGCUGGCAGCGCCUGGCUGUACCACACAGCUUCCCUGACGCCAGGACACACACACACAGCACUUCUACUUCAACACCUCCACAGGUGUGAUUCUACCAGGUGACAGCCAGCGUGUAGAGUUUAUAUUUAAGUCGGAGGUCCCAGGCGUCAGGACAGAGGUGUGGCGUCUCAACACACACCCUGUCCUGCUGGGCAGAGCUUCCAUCCAGGUGACACUGAGGGGCGUGGCUCUCUACCAGGACAAGACCACCGACCAGAGACACGCCCUAGAGAGGGAGCUGCAGCAGAGAG